ACGCGGCAGCAGGAGGAGCCGGGCGCGCCCGCCACGCAAAACCACCGCGCUAGCUAGGUGGCGGGCGCGGUGCGCGGUCCCAGCGGCGGUGAGAGUGACAGCGACAGCGGCCGCGGCGGCGUUCGGUGCUCACCCGCGUUCGGUGCGCACCCUCUCCCGGCGCACCGGCAUCCCGCUGCCUCCGCGCCACCGAGCCGCCCGCGGUCCCCGGGUCCCCGGCUCACGCGCGCACGCCCGAACCCCGCGCCCAAUAGCUGCGGCCGGGGCCGCGGCUCCGACCUGGGGAGCCAGCCAUGGGGAAGCCGGCGAAGGUGGGCUGUGACUGGAAGCGCUUCGUGACGAAGAACUGGCUGCUGCUGUCCACCGUGGCCGCAGUGGUGCUAGGCAUUGUCAUAGGAAUCUUGGUUCGAGAAUACAGCGAGCUCUCAAAUCUAGAUAAAUUUUACUUUGCUUUUCCUGGAGAAAUUCUCAUGAGGAUGCUGAAACUCAUCAUUUUGCCAUUAAUUAUAUCCAGCAUGAUAACAGGCGUUGCCGCCCUGGAUUCCAAUGUAUCUGGAAAAAUUGGUCUGCGGGCUGUGGUGUAUUAUUUUUGUACCACCAUCAUUGCUGUUAUUCUAGGUAUUGUGCUGGUGGUGACAAUCAAACCCGGUGUCGCCCAGAAGGUAUCUGAAAUUGACAGGACGGGGAGCACCCCUGAAGUCAGCACUGUGGAUGCCAUGUUAGACCUGAUCAGGAAUAUGUUCCCUGAGAACCUUGUCCAAGCCUGUUUUCAGCAGUAUAAAACCAAGCGUGAAGAAAUACAGCCUCCCAGUGACUCCCAGAGGAACACAACAGAGGAGCCUGUCACCAGCGUCAUGACAACAGUUUCAGAGAACAAAACGAAGGAAUACAAAAUUGUAGGCAAUUAUGCAGAUGGUGUAAAUGUCCUGGGUUUGAUUGUCUUUUGCCUCGUAUUUGGACUUGUCAUUGGAAAAAUGGGAGAAAAGGGACAGAUUUUGGUGGAUUUCUUCAAUGCUUUGAGUGAUGCAACCAUGAAAAUCGUUCAGAUCAUUAUGUGUUAUAUGCCACUUGGUAUUUUGUUCCUGAUUGCUGGGAAGAUCAUAGAAGUCGAAGACUGGGAAAUAUUCCGCAAGCUGGGUCUUUACAUGGCCACCGUCCUGAGUGGGCUUGCGAUCCACUCCAUUGUAAUUCUCCCACUGAUAUAUUUCAUACUUGUGCGGAAGAACCCUUUCCGAUUUGCCAUGGGCAUGGCCCAGGCUCUACUUACAGCUCUCAUGAUCUCAUCCAGUUCAGCAACCCUACCUGUUACCUUCCGCUGUGCAGAAGAAAAGAAUAAGGUGGACAAGAGGAUCACUAGAUUUGUGUUGCCUGUUGGUGCCACAAUCAACAUGGAUGGGACCGCGCUCUAUGAAGCAGUGGCAGCUGUGUUCAUUGCACAGUUGAAUAACUUGGACCUGAGCAUUGGGCAGAUCAUCACUAUCAGCAUCACAGCCACAGCUGCCAGCAUUGGAGCUGCGGGAGUGCCCCAGGCUGGCCUGGUGACCAUGGUGAUCGUGCUGAGUGCUGUGGGUCUGCCUGCUGAGGAUGUCACCCUGAUCAUCGCCGUUGACUGGCUCCUGGACCGGUUCAGGACCAUGGUCAACGUCCUCGGUGAUGCAUUUGGGACUGGCAUCGUGGAAAAGCUGUCUAAGAAGGAGCUGGAGCAGAUGGACGUUUCAUCUGAAGUUAACAUUGUGAAUCCUUUUGCCUUGGAAUCUACGAUACUUGAUAAUGAAGACUCAGACACCAAGAAGUCCUAUGUCAAUGGAGGCUUUGCAGUAGACAAGUCUGACACCAUCUCAUUCACCCAAACCUCACAGUUCUAGAGCCCUGGCUUGAGAUGACUGGAGUAAUGAAGGACAUCUCCAUGAGAGUCAUCUCUUAAUGAAUCCAGACACUUAGGAGAAAAACAAAAAAUGAUCAGUUGUACAUUUAGUUUGAUAUACAGACCUCUAGAUUAUUUUCUAUAUUUGGCUUGAUAAGCCUUUGCUGUCUUGAGUUUUAAGAUUUGGGAUGGGGUAAAAUGAAAAAGUCUUAAAAAGAAGUUGUAUUUUCUGGCUUUUAAAAACCCUUUCAGACAAAACUUGAAAGUGCAUAAAGUGUUGGAACUAGGUAAUAGUGGAGGGGAAAUUGUUUUCUCAUGUAUAGACCAGUAUCUUGAGUUUUAAAAAAGAAAUUCUCUCAUUGGCUACAAAUUUUUACUCAGGCUUUCUAUUGGUGUGGCUUUCCUUUGACUGCUCACUUUUUAUAAAUUUUAAUGCAUCUAAACAACCCCAUCUAAUUAAUGUGCCAAAUUGUCCAUUUUGAACUCAUCUCCAGCAAAUUUAAAAGAAACCACUUUAAAAAAAGAAAAAAGACCAGCACAGUUCCACAAUAACAGUUUUAAGAUGAACAUAGGGUUCAGGGAUAAGGGAGGAUUCUUUUUUAAAUGUACUGUAUUGGGACACUGGUAACUGUUAACCCAGUGUUCAGUAUAGAACUAUACAUAUAUAUGUGUGUGUAUAUAUAUAUUUAUUAUUUUCAUAUAAUUUGCAAGACAUAAUCAGGAUUGAACUCUCAAUGUGAAAAAAGGAGUUCUCCUUGUACUUGAAUAACUACAAUUCCAACCCAAGUCUGCUUCGGGCCUUAUUGGAACUCCUUUCUCAGGAGUACUAGAAUGAGAAAUCAUGUUGUCGGAUUGUUUCACAUCUGUGUAUCUGCCCCUAAAGCAGAGCUAUAUUUUGGUGAUACUCCAGGAUGGCAUAGCCAUUCUUUUACAACUUCCAGACUCAAGCUGCCUGGAAGGAGUCCAUACCAGCUCUACAUAAGAUGAUACACAAAGGUGUCACUUCAAAAAGGUUGGCUGUGCUUGUAUCCAACUCAGCAGUGGCUUCAUUCUUCCAAGUUCACUCACACCCACUUAACAAGGCCAGUAUUUUUCUGCCUUUACACUUUUGUACCUGUCAGGGCCCAAAUGACACUGGCAAGCUACCAGCUAAGUUGUAUUUUAAAAUAGAUUCUAUUGGUUAAUAAGCCACCAUGCACAAAAGCUGUUCUUACCCUGGAUUUUUUGCAGAGCAAAUCCCAUGACAUGAGACAUUGGUUCAGGGGAUAUUCUUCCAUCCUAUAACACUUGUCCUGCCUCCUCCAGAAAGGAUUGUUCUAAUUCAUAAUCUUGGCCCUGCUCAUUAAAAACCUCUGCUAGUCAUUCUGUAAGUGAAGAUAGCUUAUUAAAGUUUGUGCUUCAAUUCUCAUCUUGUAAAUAAUGCUUAACAUAAACUUGUACUUACACUUACAUCCAAAAAGUCAUGUUUCUGCAGUAUUGUGUAGCCAGCUUAAACCUGUACUUUUAUAUUUAAAAGAAACAAGAAAUUGUGCCAAAGAUAGCAGAAAAGUAAAUCAAUGCUCAAUAUUGACCAGCUGGACCUGAAAUCUAUGAGGAAAGAUUCUGAAUUGACAUGUAAACCUCACAGUGACCACUGAUUCCAUGUGAAUUUAAAAUGCAAAUAUUAGUAUUGUUUAUAGGAAAUAAAUCUAAAUACAAAUGAAAUUGAAUCAAUAAUUUAUUUGGGGCUAAAUGGUUCUAUCCCCUUAUCAUGAUAAGGAGUCUCUUCAUGAACUGCAGGUCAUCCUUAUUUUAGAGUUUGUAACCAGCCUUUUAACACACUCUGCUGUUAAGUCCUAAAAAAGAACAAUGUUCCAUUUAAGUGUCAAUAAACAUGUCCCUCAUUCUUUC